AUGUGGUGGUGGAUGAGUUUGGUGUUUGGUUCUUUAGUUACGGUUAACUGUGCUGUGUACCAAAGGGACAGGGAGUUCGAAAUUGUCGCGGACGUUUUCGAGGAGUGUGUCAAGUCCAAAGAUAGGUACUCAUGCUUGGCCGAGAAGGCGGCUCUGGCAGUGGAACGUUCAAUGAACUGGGAUAUUCCAAUAUUUGACGGAUUGAAAUUCAAAAGAAACGACGAAAAACUGAACGAAACCGAGGCAAGAUCGAUGCAAGGGUUCGAUCGUUUUACCACGGCGGUGACGAAUUUUGUCAACUCCCAUUCCUUGGCGGUUGGUUGGGAUGACGAGGCUGAAGUUGAGUCGUCGAGGGCUGCUCGUGAUGGGUACGGUGGUGGUGGCGGCAAAAGAAGGCCGGGUGGAGGAGGACUGACUGGUUUGGGAUCUUUGGGAAUCAACAGGAAGGCCAUCAAGAAAGAAGCCAAGUAUAUGAGAUACGCCUUCAUGGUCCUCCUGGGUAUCUUUGGUUUGACUGGUCCUUUGGUGAUGAAGACCUUGGCGUUGAUAGCUGGCCAGGCCCUGCUGGCUAGUAAGGCCGCCCUGUUGAUUGUUGGUGGUGUAGCCUUGAAGAAGAUCUUCGAGCACAACGACCACCACGAGAAGACUUCAGUGAAGGUCCAUACCAUCCCUAGCUACGACCACGACAGUCACGAUCGUAUGGGCUACAACUACAUCACUUCCUACAAUCCAUACUCCUCUUACAGCCAUUACGCCAGGAACGGCAAACAACUGAACAACACCCUAUGAUAACUAAUGUAUUACUUAAUUAAUUAAUUUAUUUAUUUAUACGAAAUAAAAUUA